AUGAACAGGCUCUCCGGCCCCAUCCCGCCCGCCCUCGGCCUCGCCGCCGGCCUCAAGUUCCUGAACCUCUCCAACAACGCCCUCUCCGGCUCCAUCCCCGACGAGCUCAGGGGCCUCAAGGAGCUCCAGGAAGUGCAGAUUUCGGCCAACAACCUCACCGGCGCCAUCCCCGGCUGGCUCGCCGGCCUCCCCGGCCUCCGCGUGCUCUCCGCUUACGAGAACGCGCUCUCGGGGCCGAUCCCGCCCGGGCUCGGGCUCUCGUCCAAUCUCCAGGUGCUCAACCUCCACUCCAACGGCCUCGAGGGGAGCAUACCGAGCAGCCUCUUCGACCUUGGCAAUCUGCAGGUUCUGAUCCUCACCGUGAAUAGGCUCAACGGCACCAUCCCGGAUUCAAUCGGCCGGUGCCUCGGCCUAUCCAACGUGCGCAUCGGCAACAAUCGCCUCGCGGGCGCCAUCCCGGCAUCCAUUGGCGACGCCACCAGCCUGACCUACUUUGAGGCCGACAGCAACCAGCUGUCCGGCAGCAUCCCCGCUCAGUUUGCACGCUGCGCCAACCUGACGCUGCUGAAUUUGGCCUACAACCGCCUUGUCGGCGAGGUGCCGGACAUGCUUGGGGAGCUGAGAAACCUGCAAGAGCUCAUCAUCUCCGGCAAUGGCCUCGGUGGCGAGUACCCGAGGUCCAUUCUGCGGUGCCGGAACUUGAGCAAGCUGGACUUGAGCUACAACGCUUUCCGCGGCGGCUUGCCAGACACCAUCUGCAACGGAUCCAGGCUGCAGUUUCUUGUGCUCGAUCAUAACGAGUUCUCGGGCAGCAUCCCGCACGGUAUCGGUGGCUGCAGCCGGCUUCUCGAGCUGCAGCUUGCCAACAACAACCUGAGUGGUGAGAUACCAGCCGAAAUGGGCAAGAUCAAGAGCUUACAGAUUGCGCUGAACCUCAGCUUCAAUCACCUUUCAGGGCCGCUGCCCCGUGAGCUUGGGCGGCUCGAUAAGCUCGUGGCGCUGGAUUUAUCUAGCAAUGAGAUAUCUGGUGAGAUCCCUGCUGACAUGAGAGGGAUGCUGAGCUUGAUAGUAGUCAACCUGUCAAACAACCGGCUCCGUGGUGCCAUACCGGUGUUCGGGCCGUUUCAGAAGAGUGCAGGGUCCAGUUUCUCCGGCAAUGCCAAGCUGUGCGGCGACCCGCUGGAUGUGGACUGUGGACCGAUUUAUGGCUCCAAUUAUGGAUCGGACCACAGGAAGAUAUCUUACAGGGUGGCCCUGGCAGUUGCUGGGUCCUGCGUGCUCAUCUUCUCAGUGGUAUCAUUGGUGGUCACGUUGUUCAUGUGGCGUGAGAGGCAGGAGAAGGAGGCCGACGCAAAGAAGGCCGAGGCAGGGGAGGCGGUCGUCGUCGAAGCGAGGCAUGUCAUGGCUUCAAGUGUGUUCAUUGAGAGCUUGCAGCAGGCCAUUGAUUUCCAGACCUGUGUCCAGGCGACGUUCAAGGACGCCAGUGCACUGAGGAGCGGCACGUUCAGCACGACCUACAAGGCUGUCAUGCCAUCAGGCAUGGUGGUGUGUGUGAAGAAGCUGAAGUCGGUCGACCGCGCGGUCGUCCACCACCAGGCCAAGAUGAUCCGGGAGCUCGAGCGACUCGCGCACAUAAACCAUCCCAACCUUGUGCGUCCCAUUGGGUAUGUCAUCUACGAGGAUGUUGCGUUGCUGCUGCAGUAUGACAUGCCGAAUGGAACAUUGCUUCAGCUGCUGCACGGUUCAAACAACUGUGAUGGUGACCAAGAGAAGCCUGACUGGCCAAAGCUGUUGUCAAUCGCGAUUGGCGUCGCCGAAGGGCUGGCCUUCCUCCACCAGAUUGCCACCAUCCACCUCGAUAUUUCUUCGGGUAAUGUCUUCCUUGACUCGCACUACAACGCGCUUCUUGGCGAAGUUGAGAUCUCCAAGCUGCUGGACCCUUCAAAGGGCACUGCCAGCAUCAGCGCGGUAGCUGGCACAUUUGGUUAUAUACCUCCAGGUCUGAACUUUUCUCCCAAAGGAAUCUGCUGGAUACACAAGAACUAA